CGUGACUUCUCACCAACGGGCCAGAAAGGAAGGGGGGCGGGGGGGGAGAAGGGGAAUCUGGGCUGCUGGACCAUGGGGGCGGUGGAAAGCCCCUUCCUCUAAAAAGAGAACUUUUCCUUAAGAGCGGCUUUGGGGGCAAGGUUGAAAUGGGGGAUGCCCUCCCUCCCUCCCCCCCCAAUCAGGAAUGCACUGAAAAAUGGGGGUGCACAAAAGAGGCGAUUACCGGGAAAAGUUUAUUUGUUGGACUCAUUUAUCCUACUUCUAGAACCGUUUGCUGGAACUGGCCAGGAGUUAGGAAAACUUGACAGAGUGGGGGGGGAGGUCCCCCAUUUCAGCCCUGUCUCCUUUUGAAAGGGGAGGGGGAAUCGGAAGCAGUGCCCCCCUCCUCUGCCAGCAUCCUUUGCUGAACCCCAACCAACGAGGUUUGUCCACCUGGGAAGCAGGAAUAAGCUGGAUCUUUCAGCCAAGCGGAGAGUCUCUCUCUGAAGCUGUCUGGACCCCCUACUCUGUCCCCCAAAUCUAUGUUUAAAAUAAAACGGAGAAGACAUUGCAGCAGAGACCCUUACAAACAUCCAGCAUAGCAGCCAAAGAUUUAAAAUAUAUUUCGGUUUUCCCCUGCUAGGAUCCUUACAGGCCUCUCUGCAAGCUUCCUAUCCUAUUUACAUAGGGCAGGGUUUUGGUUUUAUGAGCUUUGGGGUGGGGUGGGUGUAUUUUUCCCACUGGAAAAAACAAAAACAAAAAACCACUGCUUUUUCCCUUUUUUCCCAAUGUUUCUGAAACACUUCUUGGAAAAAUAGGCCCAGUUCUGCAGAUCCCAAAUACAAUUAUAAGAACUUUUGGGUUUUUUCUCCCGGCCUCAUUCAUCCUGCUUAAAAUAUGAACCUUUUUCACACUUGAAGGCUGAAAUUUCUUGGAGGAUAAUUAUAUUCUCUUGAAAAUAGUUAAAAGACUAUUCAAGAUAAAAGCAAACUCCUUUGCCGGUAAUUGCACUUUAUAAAUAAAAUAAACCCACUUGCAUAUUUUUUGAUAACUCUUUUUAAUGGGAUUAUACUUCGGGCUUUUUAAAAGUCCUGUUCUUUGGUAAAUCAGUCUGGAAGGGCAGCGUCUUCAUAAAAAUAAAGCCCAAUAAAUUAUCAAGACGCCAAGAAUGACAGAUAAAAGGCUGGAAUCGGGGCAUAAUUUCAUGGCUUGUUUAAACAGGAGAGAGCAAUUGUAUUCUGGUCCUGUCAGAAUUAAGAUUCCACAAAAGCCAACUUGGAUUACAAACAAGUUUAAUCCCUGUCCCGUGGAUGUGUCGUUGUCUCUCCAGACUUAUUUAGUCACCUGGGUUAAUUAAAAACUGAUUACCGCUGUGGUUGUGUUUGGAAACACUCCGUUCAACGUUGGAGAUAACAGACAUGCGGAGGCUGACCAAUUAAAUGCCACACCCUGCACUUCCCCAAGGAAACACCUUGACCAAUCCUUAAUAAUCCUCUGCGGUAAAAUCCCCAGGAAUCCGCUCAAGGAAGAACCUGCACGAUUCUUGCAGCAACCGGAGAAAGCAGGCCGAGAGUCCACCAAGGAAAAGGAAAUUUUAAUGAUUCCAGUGGAAAAAGAAACUAGCAAGCGCAGCUGUUCAGCUUCCUUAAUGGAAGUCCUCUGAGCAUCAUUUUCUAACCGGAGGGAUUUGCAGUACAGAAAUAAAAGUCUGAACAGGCUGAGAUCUGCAGGGUGAAGGUGCCUUCUCUUUUCCGGGUCAUCCCAAUCGCCGGUCCCAUUUUUGCUGGUGGCAGGUAGGAGGAAUUCCACCAUCUGUGUUCAGGAAUUCCAGCCGGAAAUGCCACCGGGCCAGCUCAGAGGCCAGUCAAGAUUUUUCCUUUGUGUGAGCUGUCAAUUUCAUUGAUUUUCCUGGAGGAGUUGACAAAAGAAAGGCCAACGGGAUAUUCCUGCCAAGCUGGGCCCAGGGGCAGGGCUGUUCUUGCUUGGUUUGUCAUCGAAGGAAGACUGCUCCUGGACAGGAGGCUCUGCUUAAGGAGUUAAUGAAUUAGCCCCAGCCCCUCACCCCGCGUUGGUCUUAUUAAAAACAUGCUUUAAAGAAAAACCCGAAUUGUUUCCCAUCUAGGUGAGAGCUCUCAAAGUGGAGAAAGACUGACUACCUGGAUGAAAGGCAGGGAGGUGGUGCCCUCUGGUGGCUCAGCCAGCCACUGCGCCCCCAGAAGAGAGGUCAACAGCGCCCCCUAGCGGGAAACCUAACAGCAAAACCUCCUCGCUCUUUUUUUUCCUUUUUUAACUGUCCAGGGCAAAAAACUGGGUUUUAAAUUGUUAGGAAACUCGCAGCAAAGGAAGAUUUUAGAAGCGAUAUUUGUCUUCCCACCCCCCCACGCAGGCGAUUUCUCCCCAAUCCUCCAAAAGGAAGGGAAUCGCUCCAAGCACGAAUUUUUAAUCAAUCCAGAAAGCCACAAAGAGCAGCUCUUUCAUCCCAAGAAGCAUCUCACACGCACACAGAAAAAGAGAAUUUCUCUCUCCUGACCAGCAUUUUGCGCAGGGAAACCACUCGUCCUGUGCAACGAGACUCUCCAAAGUUGCUAGUCUGAUUUUGCACGCGGGGCCCCCGGAGAAUUUGAAGACCUGAGUCAGGACUUCACCCCAAGCUGGAACCCGCGAGUCCUUCUCAGGGUCCCGCCUUCUGACGGCGCUCGAGAGGCUGGGCUGGAAGCGAGCGCGUGGGAAAGGCUGCUGCCUCGUGGCUGUUCUCCUUGCCAGGCAGGUCACCUUCCAGAAACGAUGCAGGCUUUCUCAGGGAAAUGGGGUCUCCAAGUGCCCCAUUCGCCGGAUGCCCAUCUUCCCUUCUCCUAGCGGAACUGGUGGGGGGGGGAACCCUUUCUAGGGGGAAUGAAAGUGACCAAAGGUGCUGAGUUCCAGUCCACCAAAAGAGGCUCGGAAGAGAAGAAGCGUGUUCCAAGACGCGAUUUCAGGGGAGCGCCUGUUAACGUCGCCAAAGAGCGAAGCAUCCUUGCCAGGGAGGGUCUUCGGGGAAAGGGCCCUUCUGGCGACCACCCGGCCUGACUCGAGGGUCCCUGCGUGUCCCUGCGGUCUGGUGGGGCUUCAACACACACGCACCCCGGGCGUCGUCGGUCUCGCGUGGCCGCCCGGCUUUUCCCGGACGCCCCACAGCGGCGAAGAAGCCGCCGAACCGGCGACACUCGGCAGCCCGGUUGCAGAAGCGACAGCCCAGACUGGUUUUUCCGAGGCUGCCCCAGCGCUGGUUGGCUGCCCAGCCGCUCUGGGGGGGAGCCAGAGCCGCUGCCACCCCCGCCCCGCCGCCUUUGGGGGCAGAGGAGGAAGAGGAAGAGGAAGAAGCAACAGCAGCUCCUCCGGUGGAGCGCCCGGCUAGAGAGAGUCCUUUCGGGCCGAAGGUCUUUGGAGCCGGGCAGCUCUCUUGUUCCUGGGGAGGAGGGAAAGUGUGGACGGGGUAGGUCAGAAGGGGCUUCUUGGGGGGGUCGUUUUCAAGCAACCCUGAGACUUGGAAGACCUCAAGGUGCGUUUCUCCAUAUCCCUUUGCAGCCCCUCCUGUGGGUUUCUGCCUAAAACUGGAAUUUCUUUUUCCUCUUGAGCACCCCUCUUUUCUCCCCCCCUUCCUCAAAUUCGGAACCCCUCGGCUGCUGCACCUCCCCCCCCCAAGGACCUUUCCUAGAGUAACUCCUUACCUGUAUUGCCUCCAGCCCCCCCCCCUUAUUUUAGCUUGAACUUGAGAUUUGCAGGAGGCCUGCUGGGGGUUUCUGGCCCUUGGAAAUUCGCUUCUCUGCAGCGGCCAGAGAGGACGUGCUGGGGGGCUACCUAAGUGGGUUUCCCCCCCCACACACACACACACCCUUCACAGCUUGGCAAGCGUGCAAGGAACUGGCUGGAGCAGCGAUCCAUGGCCGACGAAAUUUUGGAGCAGUUGCCGCUUGCGGAAAAGACAGCCAUAUGGGGCACCUUGGGAACGAUCCGACCUCACCUGAAUUUUGAUGCAGCCAAAGAUGCUCAGACUUUCUUCGAAGCCAUCAGUGGCAAAGACUCUUCCGGGAGCACAGCUAACUCGAGGGCCCGGAGCAGAGUUUGCAAACUUCUGGUUUGGAGGCCUCGGCUGAAACUGGGGCCCCCGGGUCUCCCCAAAGGUGUGGACUGCGGAGCCGUCCUUGACCUGCUGACCAGUCGGAGCAGCGAGCAUCGGCAGCAAAUUGCGGAAGCCUUCUUCAAAUUCACCCAACAGGGCCUGCUGAAAACCCUGGAGGCCGUGGUCCCCAGCCAGUUUGAGACCAUUAUCAGGGGUUUGCUGCGUCCUGCGGCUCAGUACGAUGCCCACGAAAUCCAGGCAGGAUUGCAGGGUCUGGAGGUGGAAACCCUGAUUGAAAUCACCUCCACUCGACCUGCAAAACAGCUUCAGGAAAUGCUGGCUUAUUAUAAACAGGAUUUCAAAUCAGACUUGGAAAAGGACAUCGCUUGUGGUACCACCGGCGGCUUUAGAGACCUUCUUCUCGCCCUGAUCAAGGGCCAGCGGGAAUGCUACUCGGGGACGAUCGAUUACGUCUUGAUACGGCAAGAUUCAAAAGCCCUGGCUGACGCAACCAACGGUGGGGACGCUGGACUCCUGGAGGAGAGCGAGUGGAUCCGGAUCCUGUCUCAACGCAGCCCCGAACACUUGAGGAGAGUGUUCAGCUGGUACCAGGAGAUGACCGGAAUCUCAGUUGAGGAAAUUAUGGAGAAACGUUUCCAAGGAAACUUCCGGGAAGCGGGUUUAACGCUGGUUUCCCUCCUGAGAAACACACCGCUAUAUUUUGCCACCAAGCUCCACUCAGCCAUUACGGAUGCAGGAAGUAACCCCCGGACGGCUGUCCGAAUCAUGAUCUCUCGCAGCGAGACCGACCUCCUGAGCAUCCGCACUGAGUUCAAGAGGCGCUAUGGGAUCUCGCUCUACUCCUUCAUUAAGGCAGAAACGCAAGGCGAACACCAGGCAGCUUUCCUCGGCUUGUGCAAGGCGGAAGAUCUGUGAGACACGCUGCCGGCCGAGGAUCCUCCCCGUCCAGAGGCAGUCUAUCUUGAAAACCCUCCAGCUUUUCCUUCCAGCGAAGCUGCUGCUGCCUCAUGAAGUUGCAAAAAAAGGAGCCGCCGGAAGGCAGCUGCAGAAUUCAGCCUGACCGGUUGGACAGGUUUCUGUCUCUCUCUCCCAGCCCAAAUUCUUCUGAUGCUUUGCAGGGUUUUUUUUUUGGGGGGGGGGAGAAUGUAGAGACCUGCCAAGUUUUGCCAGGUUUUUACAACAAAACGCGGGUCAAAAGUUUAAAAGCAGGGGAUAGCAAGCAGCGAAGACCAAUAGAGCCUCCAGCAUCAGGAGCAAUCUACCUCUGACUAGCUGCCAGAGAAUUGCCGACGGGCUUCUCACUGGCCGGUUUAGGAAAUCAGACCCUGGAGUAGAUACAACUUCGGUCCGAUGGCAUUUUAGGGAGGGGGGGCUUAGAUUUCUAGAAAAAAAGGCUUAAUUUUACAUUCCACCUCAACAGCUCCACUUCUUCUUCCUUCAGCCCCAUAUCCUCCCCUCAAGGGACCCCCCAACCCAUCAGCCACAGCCCCACCCCAUGUGCCUGUGCAACCCCGCACAUCCUU